AUGGAACUGCUUACACAUUGGUUGAGAAUAAUUGAGGGUAAGAGAUAUCUCGAACUGUUCAAGUGUAUCUAUCUAUCUCAGUCUAUUCAAAUGUAUCUAUCUCUCCAUUUGUCUAUUUCAGUCUGUUCAAAUCAAUCUAUCUCUUUAUUUGUCUGUCCCAUUCUGUUCAACUCUAUCUAUUUCUGUCUGCUCAUUCUCUAUCUAAAAGGCUGGAAGGUACAAAAGCUGAAAUGUUGUGAUAAUUUAAAUUUGGACUAUCUAUCUAUCUAUCUAUCUAUCUAUCUAUCUAUCUAUCUAUCUAUCUAUCUAUCUAUCUAUCCAUUCAUUUUCUUUAUCUAUCUAUCUAUCUAUCCAUUUUCUUUAAUCUAUCUUUAUCUAUCUAUCCAUUUUCUUUAUCUAUCUAUCUCUGUCUAUUUCUAUCUAUCUAUCUAUCUAUCUAUCUAUCUAUCUAUCUAUCUAAGUCUCAGCUGUCUAUUUCUAUCUAUCUAUCUAUCCAUUUUCUUUAAUCUAUCUUUAUCUAUCUAUUCAUUUUCUUUAUCUAUCUUCUUUACUCUAUCUAUCCAUUUUCUUUUAUCUAUCUAUCCAUUUUCUUUAUCUAUCUUCUUUACUCUAUCUAUCCAUUUUCUUUAUCUAUCUAUCUAUCUAUCUAUCUAUCUAUCUAUCUUCUUUAUCUAUCUAUCCAUUUUCUUUAUCUAUCUCAGUCUCAUCUUAGCUGUCUAUUUCUAUCUAUCUAUCUAUCUAUCUAUCUAUCUAUCUAUCUAUCUAUCUAUCUAUCUAUCCAUUUUCUUUAUUCUAUCUAUCUCUCUGUCUCAGUCUGAUGGAAAACACGGGCUGAAACGUUGUGAUAAUUUAAAUUUGGAUUAUCUAUCUAUCUAUCUAUCUAUCUAUCUAUCUAUCUAUCUAUCUGACUCUAUCCAUUUCACUCCGCUCAUUAUCUAUCUAAAAAGUUGGAAGGCACAACAGCUGAAACGUGAUAAUAACAAGAAAGACAAAGAUAAUAAGUCCAAUUUUGAUGCUCUAAAAAUAAUUGACCAACAUCUAUCUAUCUAUCUUAUUGAUUUGGGGAUGUUUUUACGUAACCAGAUGUAG